GCAACUCGUAUAUAUAUGAUUCAAGCGAUACAAUACUUUGUGUUAUUUUCUUCUUCUCGAUAGACAUUUCAAUAUGUCAUAAAGUGUAACCUACGAGAAUGAACAGUGAUUCAUCCAAAUUCUGCCUCGCGAUUAUUACGAGGCAUUUCUUUUCCUUCCAUGUAAAUAGACGAUCUAAACUGUGUCAUUCUAACAAAUAUAUACCAUUUGUGCUCUUGCUUUUCGAAUACGUGCACCUUUGUCGUUCGAAAUGCGCACGUGAGGCUGGAUAUCCAGCACAGGCAACACGAAGGCUGCGGGCGUGAACAACAAUUAAACCGAUCAACUAUUGCACCAACUCACCUUUAGAACUAGAGCGCUGUAAUAAUCAUAGAUAUCGAAGGUCUUCAAGCACGAUGUCCCAAGAAAGACGUAGACUCUUUGGCUCCAAGAUAUCUUCUAUCUUCUCAUCAAGUGAUACACAUCACCAUUCCAAAGGGAGUGAGCAAAGUCUUUCGCAUACUCUGCCUUUAGGAACAAAGGUUGUGGGGACAGUUUCUGAUUCAUCUGACUGGAAGUCAAUUCACCACCCACAGCCUACUGGAACUUUGACUCCGGAAAAAGAUGUGCGGUCUCAAAUAGUAGAUGCUUCUCGCAGUUCAAGAGACAAAACUACAGACAACAGGAAUCCACCGCAAGUGCGUCGAACAAAUUCAUCAUCAUAUAUUCAAUCUUCAGACGGUGGUACCUCGAGCAGCCAAAACCAUAUCAAACAAACUGAUCACGAUUUGUCUGAGGUUUGGGCAAACAAAUCGCCCCGUGCGAAGUUAAUCAGAAAACCACCUCCAUCUAAUUCACAAUAUCAAAUACCUUCGAAGAAAUCAGGGGCGUCCAAUUUGGAAGCUGAAUCAAAAUCAACACAUCAAUUGAACGAUGUCAUAAAUACUAUUGAGAAAGAGAUCAUUCGUAUGAGGGCUGAACCAGAUGAACUGUCCAAUGGUUCUCAUAGCAGUCACCCGAAGUUAUCGGCUGUACAAUCUUCGGAUAAAACUCGCCCGUUAAAAAUUUCUAAUUCUUCUAAAGGCCACAAUACAUAUUUCUCGGUUCCUGAGGUAGCAGCUGUUGACCUUGUGAAUUCUCAAGAUGUCAAUGAGGGCAUCUUAAUAUCAUCUGAUGUGGCCUCAUUCGCACUGUAUGACCAACUUGGUAAAAAUCAACCGCAUAAUCAAAAAGUUGGUUCAACACCACAUGAAAUAAGCAAAAGAAGAGAUGUUAACUACCAAUUAUAUGCUAACAUGCAAUUUCAAUUUUCUUCCCCUUCAGUGGUCCAAGAAGACGAUCGCCAAUCAACACGCGCUACAAAUACAGUUGCAAUGAAAAGGGGGUUGGAUGACCCAAACAAAUAUUUCUCCCAAACAAUUCUGAGCCCAGAAAGUGCCUAUUCGAGCACAGAGGAUGUGAGGUACAAAGACUUAUCCCCCGGAAUAUCUUCAUCUAAUCAAAGUUUAUACUCUAAGGAGCGGAGAAACAGUGACCAGUCUCUACGGAGAAGUUUUCGCUCUAUUAAAAUUGACAGAAAUUUGAAUGAUGCAAUUGAUAGUUCAACUUUGACUAAACAUUCCAAAAAUGGUUUCGAGCCUAAAUUUGAAAAUUCCGGACAAUACGAUGACAGAAUUUGCGACUUCCACGGUGGGGCCAAAAAUUCAAGGACCACUGCAGCCGACAUAUCUCCGCAUCCCUCAAAAAACUUCGUGGUCAAUUCUGAUCAGAGAUUCACUUCCGAUUUGGAUUCAAGCAAUGGUGCAGGAUCUGAAUUUGCCGGUGAUUGGGACGACGUCGUCGGGCAGUCAAAUCAAAAAGCAUUCGAAGAUUCAAGCCACAUUUUCAAAGACCAAACAUCACAAAAUCUGUGUCUGCAUUCGAAAACCGGAAGUUUGACAGAAAAUAUGAAUCAACUGGUGCUGCAGGCUCAUCAUAUGAGGACCCACACCAGAAUGCUGUCUGUAAGCUCGGUAAAUAGCGCGGGAUUCAAUCGUCAUGUCAGCUUGGCCACACUCAAAAUGACUUUUAGUCUCCGCCCGGGUGAGGGGGAAAAGUCUAGCUACGUCGAUGCAAUAAGAAGGAAUGCUGGUACAUCAUUUAAUGAAGCGGGACCGGGUAAAUGGAAGCUACCAACCGGUAUUUUGCCUGUUAAUAAGCGUGAGUUGCUACAGCAGAACAGCAAGAAAUUCAACAGCACUGCCAGUGGCACGGGAUACAAAAGCAAGAAGUCUAGUGGUGUGGAGCUCAAACACGGUCACUUGCAGCCAAGACUAUUAGCUGCUGAGGUAGAUGACGGUGACAGCAACAACCGGUUUGGAGCUCUUGGGCGCUCAAGCACACUACAAAACAAAGCACUAACUCCUAUUACCUCAAAAUCGUCAUUACCACCUUCUGGGUUGGGUGGAAUUUCCAGAGGGAACUCGCUCGAGCGAGCUGACACAUUCACGUCAACUUCUACAGCAAAUGACUUACAGAGCUCACUCAGUAAGAUAUCUAGCACACGCCGUGGUAGCGAUUUGUCUUCUGCUGAUUCCAUCGGCAGUAUUACCAAUGAUCGAGAUAUGGAUAUUUACUACCAACACCAGGGGUUCAAACUUGAGGAUGACGAGGAUUUCCUAGAAAAUGAAGAUUUAAGUUGCGGCGUUGAAGAUCAGAUGACUCAAAACAAUUACACAAGCGAUGACGAAAAACCUCGACUAUUCCUCGCGAACCCAGAUUCAGACUAAAUCGUUGUAUCCACAAAUUGAUACUUUCUCUGAGCGUUGUGGACAGAAACAAUGUAAAAUGAUAUGUAUAUACAUGCGAGAUAUCCUGUAUCAGUAAUCGUGUAACAUGCUCUUGAAACUACUGCAAAUAAAUUCCUAGCACGAGCAAGAGAUCGCCUGACAACCCUAUUAUUGGGGUAGAUAAUGAUCGUUUCAUGUCCUGCAUUUGGUCCAUGUCACAUGACCCAAUUUCCUCCACGGUGUUAACCUCGCCAAAAAAACAAAGAA